GCCCACACGUCGGCGGGUAUCCCCUUGCCUGAGCCGUUAUCCCCUUCCCCGAGCGAGCGAGCGAAAUCCUCCGAACGAGACGAGCGUGACAGCGAGAGCGGGAACCGGAAACUCGAAACCACCCCCAUGGCGACGGCCAGCGAGCAGCAGGCGCCGGCGGAGGAGGUGCUGUCCGUGGAGAUGCCCGCGCCCGAGGGGUGGACCAAGAAGUUUACUCCCCAGAGAGGGGGGAGAUUUGAAAUUGUUUUUGUUUCACCAACUGGAGAGGAAAUUAAGAACAAGAGGCAACUAAGCCAGUAUCUAAAGGCGCACCCUGGAGGCCCUGCAUCUUCUGAGUUCGAUUGGGGAACUGGUGAUACUCCAAGGCGGUCUGCUCGAAUUAGUGAGAAAGUCAAGGUAUUUGAUAGUCCAGAAGGUGAAAAGAUCCCAAAACGCAGCAGGAACUCAAGUGGCAGAAAGGGCAAGCGGGAGAAAACGGAGGCUCCUGAAACUGAAGAAGCCAAAGAUGCUGAAACUGGCAAGGAGGCGGAGGAGGCCCCUAGUGAAGAAGCCGCAAAGGGCACUGAUGUGGAGAUGAAGUCUGCCGAAGAGGCGAAGGAGGCCCCUACUGAAGACACGGAGAAGGCUGCAGACAUGGUUGAUGCUCCUGCUCCAGCAGCAGUGGAAGAUAAGAAGGAAACUGAAAAACCAGCUGAAUCUGAUGUAGCUCCUCCCGCACCAUCUGCAGAGAAGAAAGAGGCUGAGGAGAAGAAAGACGACGGUAAGCCAGCUGAGCCUGAGGCUGCUCCUCCAGCAAGCAACCCAGCUGAAAACUCGGUCCCUGCUCCCACUGAGCCUGCUGCUGCUGCUCCAGCGCCUGAAACCAAAUCAGAUGCUGCCGCCCCAGCGUCUGAGACCAAAUCAGAUGCUGUUCAAGAAGAGAACUCCACAGACAAAGGUGCUAGCCAGGACAGCCAGACAAACGCCGUCAACAACGGGCAGCUGCCGCCUGGUGCAUCCGUGGUGAAGUGCACCUGAAGCUGGAAGAAAGCCUGAAACCAUUCCUGUGCCAUGUCUUUCUUAGGAACAUUCGCAUUUGCAGUGUAAUCAGUCAAAUCGACCAGUAAGCAUGUUAAUUAGGCAGUCUGACGCUGCUGGGUGACAAUAAGUAGGCUCUGCGUUUAGUUAUUUGUAUGGUUGGUGUUGCCGCCGCUGGAGGCAGGCCGCCCCGCGCCUCCGCCAUUGCUGGCACAACAUACCUAACUUUGUAAGCACAUUAAUCUUAGGACAUGUAUACUCCUGUAUGUUUGUACCUGUGCUAUGUAUUCUGAAACCUGCAUAACCUGUUGCAUGUGGUGUUGUUAUCUAUGAAAAAAAUUAAGGGUGGUUGGCUGUGGAUGCCCAUCCUGACCA